AUGUCUGACUCAACCGUCGUCUUCAUCUCCGGUGUUGCCCGAGGCAUCGGGAGGGCCUUGACUGAGGCCUACCUCUCUCGCCCCAACCACACCGUCAUCGGCAGUGUGCGGGAUCGCUCCGCCCCCAAUGCGAAGACGCUGGAGGCUUUCCCUGCCGCGGCUGGCUCGCGAUUGCUGCUGGUAAGCAUCGAGAGUACCUCCGCUGAGGAUGUUACCAAGGCGGUCCGUGACAUUGAGGCCGCCGGAGUCACCCAUCUGGAUAUUGUCAUCGCCAAUGCUGGCAUUUGCCCCACACCAACGUCGAUAGCCACGGUUGACGUGAAGGAUGUGACCGAGGCCUUUACCAUUAACACGGUGGGACCUAUCAUUCUCUAUCAAGCGCUGUUGCCGCUGCUCAAGAAGUCUACUGGUUCGCCAAAGUGGCUGUCGGUCUCAACGGGCGCUGCUUCCCUUGAGCGUCUGGAGGUCCACCACGCGUACGGCGUGGCGGCGUAUGGGAUUUCCAAGGCUGGCAUGAACUGGUUCACUCUGGCGGCUCACAGCUCGGAGAAGUGGCUGACCGCAUUCGCAGUGCAUCCUGGGCUGGUCCAGACGGACAUGGGCAACAUGGGCGCCCGUAUGCAGGGAAUGGAGCUGGCUCCGAAUACACUCGAAGAGAGCACCAGCAAGACCAUCGCCAUCCUGGAUAGCGCGACUCGCGAAAAGACGUCUGGCAAGUUCAUCAACGUCAUUGAUGGGACAGAGUUCCCCUGGUAA